ACUCUCUGUGUCCUGUAAUCCACAUAAAGUAUAGCCAAUCCAAAACUUACCUCUCAAUCUAAAACUCACCUCGUUUACCAGAGCAAGACUCGUAAUUUAUGAUCAGAUGUUGAAUUCAUUCAUUUGUGGCAGUUUUCAGAAUCAAGAGCUAGAGGAUGAACCAUGGAACAGCCCUUCUUCGACACCAAAGAGAUCCAGCCCUUCUGCAACACCAAAAAGAUCGAGCCCUUGUGCAACGCCAAGAAAAUCAAGAAAGAGCAGCAAGAAUAACAAGAACCCAUAUUCUUCCCGUGGCCUUGACAAAUUCUCUGCACUUCUCGCGGAACUCGAAGAGAAAAGGCAGAAGAUAUACACUCAGAUUGGGCCUGAAGAUGUAUCUGUGGUUCGUUUCGUCUAUUCAAGUUCAAAUGAUUGUAUUCCUGUUAUAGUGAAGGCUAAAGAUCAAAAGCAAGACAAACCCAGGGCCAGCAGAGUUGAUGAUGUCAAAGAUAAGCCCAUCAAUCAUAACAGUACUGAAGUUGUGUAUAAGUUGCCAACACAGGCACCCGCAGAGACGAAACAAGCCGAGCAACCAAGAUUGGAAACUGACAAAAAGACUGAGAAGAAAUGUUUUACAUGGAGCAUCAAGUUGAAUAGAUGGAGAAGACCCUAUUAUUAUAUGCCAGUUGCUAUAGUCUUGAUCUUGUUAUUGUUGGUUUUCUUUGGGCGAUCAGUUGCUAUAUUAUGGACCUCUCUGGGAUGGUAUAUAGUCCCUACAUUGAGUACAAAAAAGCCAUCAAAGAAGAAAGAAGAUGUUAGAAGAUUAAGCGAGCCCAAGAUGGUGAUUAAUCAUGGGGUAUCUUCUCCAAAGAGAAAGAGUACUGGCGCUAUCACAGAUAAAUUGCCUCAACGACAUGAGCAACGAAAAAGCUUCUGAAGGUGGUUUCGGUUCCUUUUUUUUUUUCUUUGCCUUCUGGGGUUAAGAUUUUGCUUCAUUUGUUAAAAGUUUUUGGUUCCAAUGUACGGAUGUGUUUGGAAAUUCAAACCAUCCUUGGAAUUUUCACAAAUGUAAAUUAAUUACACUAGUAUAUAUUACGGAUUAAGUUGAUUUAAUUAUUGCUUAAAA